UGUAUAUGCAUCAAAUGCAAUGUAGUAUAUUUUUGUUAUAAUUAUUGAUUCAUUACUGUGUUUAACACUUAAAACAGUGUAGAGUUGUAAGGGUAAAUUGCUCAAACUGAGUUCAUGCCAUAUUGCUGAGUCCUGUGCCGCUCUUCACAAGUUCACAGACAGGUCAGUUCAGGCAACACUCAGUGUGGGGGAGGGGUGACAGCAAUCAAGCACUUUACACUUGCAGCCAAUGCUGCAUUUAACGGAUAUGGAAUUUGCAGUUUUACUCCUUACUGACCUUGUUUAUGCUAAAACGGCGGACUGUUCAAGUUUCUAAUGUUGGGUAAGUAUUUCAUGACCAAGAGUUAAACAGAAAUUCUUUCUGGGUUACUGAAGAGUUUUGAAUUUCACGAAUAGCAUUUACAAGUUUUGUAAAACUUCCCUACAACAUGAAGUGUCAAAGUUCUGAUUCUCCUUGUGGAAGUGAAUGCGUCACCAGAAACAUGCUCCGACAACGACAGGUAGAGAGGCUACAGAGGCUUAGACAGCAUCACGAACACUGUGCAAAGCGAUAUGAAGAGGAAAUAACGGAGAAAAACCAAAGAGACCACGACAAAAACUUACAGCUAAUCAAGAUGAUGAAAGGACAAAAGACGGAGGAAGAAGAGGAGAAGGAGAUGGACUGUGUCACACAUGGUUCUUUAUCUGAAUCCAGCCAUGAUCUGGAAAUUGACUACGUGCCAUCAGAGUCAGAUUCUUCAAACAAUUCCAGUUGCCACGAUGUUAACAUGAAGUUGACUCUCAAGAAAAACCGCAAAAAACUCAGAGAAGCUGAUACAACUACAGCACAAGAAUUAACUAACUUAUAUGAAAAAAUCAGCAGCACAGAUGACAAUGACAAAGACGCAGAUGACCAAGACACAGAUUACAGCGCCGACAAUGAGGAGGAGGAGGAGGAGGAGGAGGAGAGGUCACAAAUCACUGUGAAAUUUUGCAUCAAGGGAGGAAAACGUAAGCGGGACAAGAGACAUUACUGUGUAUACUGCAAAAAACCACAGAGUAAAAUGGCGCGGCAUUUAAAGCGGAAACACAGUGAUGAAAAAGAAGUGGCCCUAGCAAUAUGCCUUCCACCAACCUCCAAAAAACGUUGUCAGAUGUUAGAGGGACUCCGCAGGAAAGGCAAUUAUUAUCAUAACAUUGAGGUAUUGCAAAAGGGACAAGGUGAAAUAGUAACAUACAGACAGCCAUCAGAACAUACAGAUCCAGAGGAAUACUUACCAUGCAACAUAUGUUUUGCAUUUUUCAUAAAAACUAAACUAUGGCGACAUGAAAAACUAUGUCGCAAAACAAUGGGUGUGCCAGAAGUUCAGUCCAAGAAAAGGCAUAGAGUUCAGGCUUCUGCUUCAUCUCUUGUUCCGUACAGAGGGCAGGCAUCACAAAGGUGCUCAAACAUUGUUAAUAGAAUGAUAAUUGAUAAGGUGUCUCAGGAGGUUAAAAAUGAUCCACUCAUUUGUGAAUUUGGUGACAGACUCCUUGAGAAACACGGGAGUGAUCAAUCAAAAGAUGGUCAUGUCAGACAAAAGAUGAGGGAGUUGGGAAGAUUUGUACUUGCUGCCAAGUCCAUUGAUAGUAGAGUGAAGCUGUUACAAGAUGUCUUGGUGCCACCUAAUUUUCAGUUAGCUGUAGAGGCAGCAAAAAAAGCAUCUGGAUUCACCAAGUCUAAGUACAGAUACGACACACCAUCUCUUGCUUUAAAGUUAGGACACUCACUUAAGGCGGUGUGUGACAUUGUGAUAGGACAGCAUGUAAAAGCUGAAGAUGAAGCAGCUGCAGCCAGAGUAAGGAGCUUCUUAGGCUUGAUAUCUGCAGAGUGGGACCUCUUUAUGUCACGCCGUGCAUGGACGAACUUAGAAGAGGACAGGUGGAACAAAAAAGAAAUGCUCCCUGUCACAGAGGACGUAAUGAAACUUAAUAAAGUCCUGAAGGCCACAGAGGAGGCAGCAAAACAGGAACUCUUGGAUGGGCCAAAUGCUAAAGCAUACAGGACUCUCAGUGAGUGCCUUCUUUCACAAAUCAUUCUUUUCAACCGAAGACGGCAAGGUGAGGCAGGAAAAAUAACUCUGUCAACCUACAUGAACAGAGCCGCAGAUGACCCUAAUGAAGAUAUCAUGAAGGGCCUCUCAAAACUGGAGCAAGAUUUGAGUCAUGAGUUUACCAGGUUGGUGGUCAGAGGGAAGAGGAGUAAGAAAGUGCCAGUGCUUCUAACCAGAGAGAUGACCAAAUCACUUGAUUUUCUCAUUAAGCAAAGGAGUGAGGACAAUGACAUUUUGGACAGUAAUACGUAUGUCUUUGCUAGACAGAAUUCAGCAUCCCAUCUUCGAGGUUCAGACUGUCUGAGGAAAUAUGCAGCUGCAUGUGGUGCAAGGAUGCCUGAAACACUCACAUCAACCCACCUGAGGAAACAUGUGGCUACAAUGAGUCAGAUAAUGAACUUGAAAGAAAAUGAGUUAGACCAACUUGCUAAAUUCAUGGGACAUGAUAUUCGUGUUCAUCGUGAAUAUUACCGGCUAACAGAGAACACACUUCAGCUUGCAAAGAUUAGCAAGCUGCUCAUGGCCAUAGAACUUGGAACUGAGGUCUACAAAGGCAAAUCUCUUGAUGAGAUUGAUUUAGGCUUAGAGAGUGAGUAUGAAAGUAUUCCAGUUAAAUUAUGUGUUUUUUUUGUUUGUUUUUUGACAGAAUGUUAUGUGUCUGUGUGUUUUAUCCAAACAUGGCCUUCAUCUUCAAAAGUUGGGGCUGGGCAGGAGUCACAAGUCAGUGGAAGUGAGGCUCAAGACUCAGAUGAAGAACCAGACAUUCUGACUGAAAAGACCCCAACUCCAAGACCAUCACGCAAGCUGUAUAGGACUGAGAAAACAGCAUCUUCCAAAGAAAAGAGGACAAGGAGGAUUUCUGAGCCUGUUCAAGAUUCAGAUGAAGAACCAGACAUUCUGGCUCAAAAGACCCCAACUCCAAGACCAUCACGCAAGCUGUAUAGGACUGACAAAACAGGAGAACCAGACAUUCUGACUCAGAGGACUGAGAAAACAGCAUUCCCCAAAGGAAAGAAGUCAAGGAAGAUUACUGAGCCAGUUCAAGAUUCAGAUGAAGAACAACACAUUCUGACUCAGAAGACCUCAACUCCAAGACCAUCAGACAAGCUGAAAAGGACUGAGAAAAGAGGUAUGGAUCCACAAUUUCUGUCCCAAAAGAAAUGCCAUCGCAGGCCUUGGGGUUCUGAAGAAAAGGCAGCAGUAUGGCGACAGCUAGGACAGUACAGCACUCUGAACAGAGUUCCUGGUAAGGAACUUUGUCUCAAGGCUCUUGAUGCAGAACCGAUACUCUGCCAUCGCGACUGGAGAGAUGUUAAGAAUCAAGUCUACAAUUCCAUCACAUCCCAAAAAAUGGAACGGUAGUUUUUUUUCAUGUUAUUAAGCAGCUGGAUCUGUAUGAGGAUACUGUUUAAAACUGUUCGGUGUCCAGUCGUUUAUCAAGCUUCCCAGUAUUUUUUAUUUUUUUUUUUUCAAAACUUCAUGGAGGGCAUUUGCCCAGCUUUCUUGUAUUUUUUUUUUUUCAGAAUAAGCACGAUCUGUCAGUUAAUAGUAACUGGAUCUGUAUUAAAACACUGUAAAAUCUUAAGGAUGUUCUUUACCCAACUUUCCAGUAGUUUUUGUCAGGAUAAACUGGAACUGACAGUUGACACACAUACACACACACACACACACAACUGGAUUUGUAUUAAGAUACUGUUUAAACACUUUAAAAGUGUUCAAGGAAGUCCUCUACUCAGCUUUCCAAUAUUUUUUUCAGGAUAAACUGGGACUGACAGAGUUAACAGCUGCUUGAUUUGUAUUGAGAUACUGUUCAAAAGUGUUUGCCCAGCUUUUCAGUAGUUUUUUUUUCAUACUAAGCUGGAGCUGAUACACUACACAGUUGCUGAAUUGUGGUUGUGGUUCAGUAAUGUUCCAUUAAAAUAAAGCAAUUCUGCUAUCA